AUGCAUAUAAAGAAAGAAAAUCCUCUACAAAACAGCACUACACCAACCAAAUUCAUCCUCGUGGGUCUCUCUGAAGAGUAUCAUUUACAAAGCAUAUUUUUCUCUAUUUUUCUGGGAAUCUAUAUCAAUGCUUUAACUGGAAAUGUUCUAAUCAUUCUUCUUACAUUGGUUGACCAAACCCUACACACACCCAUGUAUUUCUUUCUAAGGAAUCUAUCCUUCCUUGAGAUAUGUUUCACAUCAGUCAUUGUCCCCAAGAUGCUUGACAAUUUCUGCUCAGGGAAUAAAUCCAUCUCCUUUCUGGGCUGUGCUCUGCAGACUUAUUUUGCAUUGUUUUUGGGUGCAACUGAAUGUUUUCUUUUAGCCUCGAUGGCUUAUGACCGCUAUGUUGCCAUUUGUAAGCCUCUGCACUAUUCUGUCUUGAUGGGGCAAAAAGUUUAUACAGGCCUAGCGGUAGCCUCUUGGCUAAGCGGGUUAUUGAUGUCCUUUGGUCACACCAGUAUGAUUUUCACACUGUCCUUCUGUAAUUCUAAUGUUAUCAAUCACUUCUUUUGUGACAUUCCCCCUUUACUGAAAUUGGCUUGUGGGAACACCUUUAGGAUUGAAAUCACUGAUUUUGUAGUUGUAGUGAUUUUUGCUACUUUCCCUUUUCUUCUGAUCUUAAUGUCUUACUCUGGAAUAAUUGUUGUCAUUUCAAAGAUCUCCUCCUCUGAGGGCCGGAAAAAGACUUUCUCCACUUGCUCCUCACAUCUCAUUGUUGUGACCUUAUUCUUCGGUUCUGCUUGCAUUAAGUAUAUGAAGCCCAAUUCCACAUAUCCUUCAAAUACAGACAAAUACCUCUCCCUUUUUCACACAAUCAUUAGCCCUGCUUUAAACCCUGUCAUAUAUAGCUUGAGGAACAAAGAAGUGAAAGGCGCCUUUAUGAGACUCUGGGAAAGAAAACCUUUGGAUUGA